AUGGAAAAGGUUGUGCCACUCGAAGCUCCUACUCCUGUAUGCAAUGUUCCCAGAGUUAAACGUUGUCGAAAAAACUAUAGGUCCUCUACUAGGAAGUCUCCAUCAGAGCAUGUUCUGAAUGCUCCUGUACCUGAUACAUGCAGCUCUGCACCAAAGACCAUUCCUGACAACACUGAAUUAGCUGAUUUGUUUGAUAGCAUGGCGACGAAACUACAGUCAUCAUCCUCUUCUUUGCCUUUAGCUGAUGCGCCAUCUUUUUUAGCUACUACGACUGGGCAGUCUUGUGUGUCUGAAGUUUAUAAUAACUCUCUAGUAGAAGAAGGAACUUGUAUCAUCAACGUUGAACCAUCUGAUUCCUCUAAACAGAGCGGCAGCCAACAGAUUCUUGUUGCCACACGACUCGAGAACAGCGGUAAGCGUCGAAGGACCAAAAAAACCAGUUUUUCUCGCUUGAAACAGAUUCUAACUGAAACAUUGGUCCUCCCUGAUGCGCUAAUGUGUCAACACUGUGGUGCUAAGAGAUUCCAUUUGGAACCUUCAAACUUUUGCUGUUCAGGUGGUGCGAUUUCUAUUGUUCAUCCUGUGAUGCCUUAUGACCUUUUCCGCCUCUAUUCUGGUACAGAUGAGGACUGUGUUCAUUUCCGCAAGAAUGUCCGCACAUACAAUAAUAACCUUGCCUUUACCACUUUUGCUGCAAAAUAUGAUAAGAAUCUGACCAAGAAUACUAAGGGAGUUUACACUUUUCGUGUAGAAGGCCAAAUUUACCACCUUCUGAAUAGUCUGAAACCAAAUGGCCAUCCUCCUACUGGUAUCCAGCUAUACUUCUAUGAUCAAAAGGAAGAAUUGUCGAAGAGACUUGACACUUCUCCAAGAUUAGGUGACAGCACUCUUAAGCUCCUAAUGGGUAUUAUUAAACAGAAUCCUUAUACAAAGGUUUUCAAGUCGUUAAGAGAGCUUCCUAAUCUGGAUGACCAUAGUAUAUUUCUUAAUUCCAAUCCAGGCCUUGAUCAGCAUUUAUAUAACAUGCCAACAUCUUCAGAAGUUGCUGCGAUAUGGACAGAAACUGAUAAUGAAGCCUUAGACAAGGGCGCCCACAUACAAGUUUAUACUCAUGCAAAUACAAGCCAUAGAAUCCAACACUAUUUUGCAUGCUACGAUUCUCUGCAGUAUCCGCUAUUGUUUCCUCGAGAUGAAUUUGGCUGGCACUAUGGUAUUCCAAAAAACACCACUGCUGAUAAAAGAAAGAAGGAGGAAACUGAUGAUGGUGGACUUGUUGAUGCUACUGAAAUAGGAACAACCAUUGGUCUUAUUCAAAGGGAAAACGAAGUUGUUGAGGAGGGAAAGAAAAAACAUGAAACUGUUUCUGUUCGAGAGUAUUAUUGCUACAAAUUGCAGAUUAGAGACGAUGAUAGGAUGUGGAAGGAAAUACAGGACAAUAUAAAAUAUGGAGAAGAAGCUGAGGAUAGACCUGAUUUAGUUUCAAGAGUGUUUAGAGCAAAGUUGGAAUUAUUAAAAGCUGAAAUCACAAAAAAGAAAAUAUUUGGUGAAGUUGCUACCUGUGUGUAUGUGAUUGAGUUUCAAAAGAGAGGACUUCCUCAUGCUCAUAUGUUGAUUAUUUUAAAGCCAAAAUAUAAGCCCCUCAAUCCUGAAGCUUAUGACAUGAUAGUUUCGGCUGAAAUACCUGAUCCUGCUAAGCAACCACAUUUGCACGGUCCAUGUGGUUCGUUAAAAAAAGAUAAUGUUUGUAUGAAAAAUGGAGUGUGCAAGAACCAUUAUCCAAAGAGUUUCAGUGACUACACAACUUAUACAGAGGAUGGUUAUCCUCACUAUAGGAGAAGGAUGAAUGGUCAUUGUGUAAGAGUAAGGGAUCAUUUGCUGGAUAAUAGAUGGGUUGUUCCAUACAAUCCGUACCUUCUAGCAUUGUUUGACUGCCACUUGAAUGUGGAAAUCUGUUCCACUGUUAAUUUGGUUAAGUAUCUGUACAAAUAUGUUUAUAAAGGACAUAAUCGCGUGAGCUUUUAUAUCCACUCUGACGCUACCUUUGAAGAUGUUGAUGAGAUUUUAGACUUCCAGUCUGGACGAUGGGUCGCUGCUAUAGAAACUUUUUGGCGCAUAUUCCGGUUUACUUUAAAUGAAAUGACCCCAAGCGUCUACGCAUUACAGGCCCAUUUGCCUGGAGAGCAAAUGGUUUCUUUUCACAGAAAAACCAAUCUUGCUGAUUUAGUUGCUGAUGCAGCCAAGAGGCGUUGGUCUCAAAGAAAACGGCGAAAAGUUGUUGGGCGAUUGGUGACUGUUAGGCCAGCAGAAGGAGAGAGAUAUUUCUUGAGGUUACUUUGGUCUUAUGUCUGUGCACCUACUUCAUUCGACCACUUGCUGACUGUUAAUGGUAUCCGUAUGAAUUCCUACAGAGAAGCUGCUUUCCAGAUGGGACUGUUACAAUCAGAUACAUAUAUCGAAGACACCCUUGAUGAGGCUGCUACUUUUCAGAUGCCUUCUUCACUCAGAAACUUGUUUGCUGUGCUGCUAGCUUUCUGCUCCCCAUCAAAUCCCAAAUACUUGUGGGAAAAUUAUGAGACUGAACUAUCAAGGGAUUAUCGAAAAAAUAGUUCACUCACUGGAUAUAAUUCUGAUUACACCAGAAUGUUGGCUCUUCAGGAGCUCAGCAAGUAUUUGGACCAGAUGGGCAAAAGUGUAAAUGAUUUUCACUUGGUUUCUGAUUACCUUGGUGUUACGUUGGAUCGGCGGAUUACAAAAGAAAUUGAAACUGAGAGAAGUGUUCAGUUCGCAGAGGAGGAUCCGCUAAUGUCUUCAAAAUUUAAUGCAGGUCAGAAAUGUGCCUAUGACUCCAUCAUGACACAGGUCUUCUCGACGAAAGCCCAAAGUUUUUUCAUCGACGGGCCUAGUGGGACGGGGAAAACUUUUCUUUAUCGAUCAAUCCUUGCUACAUUACGUUCUCAAGGUUAUAUAGCCAUUGCUGUAGCAUCGUCCGGUGUUGCUGCCUCUAUUCUUCCUGGUGGAAGGACUGCACAUUCACGCUUUAAGAUCCCUUUAGACAUAUCUGAAACUAAGGUUUGCCAAGUUAGUAAACAAAGUUCUAUUGCUAAGUUGCUUAUAGAGGCCAAACUUAUAUUAUGGGAUGAAGCUUCAAUGGCUAAGAAGGAAACAAUCGAAGCAUUUGAUAUGCUUCUUAGAGAUAUAAUGGAAUGCGACGAUCCUUUUGGUGGCAAGGUAGUGGUUUUCAGAGGUGAUUUCAGGCAGACCCUCCCUGUGAUUCGAGAUGCAACAAGAGAUGUUUUGGUGCAAUCAAGUUUUGUCAACUCGCAUCUCUGGACUGCUUUGCAGAAAAUUACUUUAACUGAAAAUAUGAGGGCUGUUAUGGAUCGUGCUUUCUCUGAAUUCUUACUACGGAUAGGUAAGGGCCGUGAACCAGAAGACGAAGACGGCACAAUAUCUUUAUGUAAGGAUAUGAUUAUCCCUUAUGAUGGAAAGGAAGCUUCUCUUAACAGGUUAAUAGAAUCUAUUUUUGGUGAUCUAAACAUCUGUUCUUCAAAUCCAUAUCAGAUGAUUAAUCGGUGUAUUCUAUUAGCAACAAACAAUGCUGUUGAUGAUGUUAACCAGAUUAUUAUUGAUAGGUUUCCUAAAGAUCCGCAUGUUUAUAUAAGUUUUGAUAGAACUCUAAACGAAAAAGAUCAAGGCGACUAUGAAGACUUUCUCAAUUCUUUAAGUCCAAAGGGGUUACCUCCUUAUAAGUUGAUCUUAAAGGAGAACUGUCCAGUUAUUCUUCUCAGAAACCUAAACCCAAUGGAAGGCCUUUGUAAUGGCACCAGACUUAUAUGUCGAGAGCUUCGGCACAACACUAUUUGUGUAGAAAUAGCAAUGGGUCAGCACCGCAGUAAAAGAGUUUUCUUGCCAAAGAUUCCUCUCCAAACUUCUGACAGCGAAAAGAAUGGCAUCCCCUUUAAAAGAACUCAAUUUCCUGUCAAAUUAUGUUUUGCCAUGACGAUUAACAAGUCUCAGGGACAGACUUUGGAUUAUGUAGGGAUUUACUUCCGUGAACCUGUUUUCUCUCACGGACAACUAUACGUUGCCCUUUCCCGUGCAAAAAGCUCAUCUGCAGUUAAAGUCCUAAUAGUACCAGCAACGUAUCGUGACGUAGUCACUGAAUGCAAAACUAGGAAUGUGGUCUUUGAUGAAGUUCUUACAUUAGCUAAACAAAUGGUGAAUCUGCUUUGCAUUGCUGAUACCAAACUAAGAAUGAGAGGAUGGUCAGCCCACGUUACUGUUCAGGAAAAAAUGCACGUUGCUUCUUCACAAAAGUCUCCCACAAGAUACCAGAAGUUUGUUUUUGCUGAUAAACAGGGAUCCAGAGUUGAGGGAAUUAUGUUUAAUGCUGCUAUUGAAAAGAUGGGGCCAAAACUCCAUGUUUUAAGAAGUAUCUGA